CCAGACGCUGUCGUUCGGUUACUCUCUUUCUCUAGAUCGAUUGAUCAGUUGAAGUUGGCUCGCUCGCUCACUCGCUCUUGUUGAUUUUCGAGCAAUCCGAGGCGAGUACAACAAUCGAAACGACAGUUUUUAUUAUUUAUUUGAAUGGCCAACAAAGCUCAAAUUCCUUCAAGAAACUCAGCACUCAUUGCUAUGAUUGCUGAUGAGUCCUCAUCAACCGUCAUUUUCUAAACUGGAGUUGCAAAUGUGCUGUGGCUGAGUUAGUGAGAGCAAAACUUGGCUCCCACAGUUGCCCAUGUGCAGAAGAUGUAUUAUGAGGGACACAGUAACUGGAUUUUUACUGGCUGGAGUAGGCAAUGUGGAUUUGCAAAGGAAGACAAAUUAUCUUAUUGUGGACUCGAAAACAACGGUGAAACAAAUUGAGGAUGCAUUCAAAGAGUUCACAACAAGAGAGGACAUUGCAAUAGUGAUGAUCAGUCAAUUUGUUGCAAACAUGAUAAGGUUUCUAGUGGAUAGCUACAAUAAGCCAGUGCCAGCAAUUUUGGAGAUUCCUUCCAAGGACCAUCCUUACGAUCCUACACAUGAUUCUGUUCUUUCACGAGUGAAGUACCUCUUCUCUGCUGAAUCAGUGGCAUCUGGGAGGCGUUAAAUUCUCACCUACAUAGUUGAUUUAUUUCCGCCCAUUGUUAUAUCAUGUUUCAGCACCAUUUCCCUUGAGUUGCGUAUCGUGUCCUGAAUCAUUUAUCUUUUUGCACUUGAGUUGUUUGUUUUCUUUUUCUUUUUUUCAUGAAACUUGUUUAAGAUGCGGUGUAGCUGUUGGUCUUGAUUGUAAUUUCAAAUAAGCUAUAUUUAUGUAACCAUUUAUUGGAAAUUUA